UGAGUCAUCUGGAGGAUCACAACUUUACCAAAUCUUUCAUAGCCUAUUUGCAAAUAACCUGGGUGUCCGGAGUAAUCUGUAAAUUAAUCACAAUAUCGAUUCAGUUGUGAAAUAUUUCAAAUACACGAGAAACAAGAACAAAAACAAAGUUUUUAAAUAUAAGACUGUGAAGCUCUUGUUUAUGUGAGAGUUCAGCGUUACAGCAUCUGCAUAUGUGCGCACCCCUGGUUCCAGACGCGCGUAUCCAGCCCGCGCUGGUGAUGCGAUGCCCCGCAACCACAGCGGCGAUGAGGGCGGUACUGGUCUCUGGAUGAAGACCUCUCAGCACUAUGGAAUGAAAGAUGUUGAAGCCGGUCGUGGAACAAUGAACAGCGCGACCAAAACAGUCGACAGUCCGCUGUCGGCGCCCGGAACAACAGGUGCAGGAGGUUCAGAGAACCUGAGGAGAAAGCAGGGUGCCCGGCUGAGCCUGCUCGGGAAACCGCUCACCUACAGUGCGCAAAGCGGCCGGCGAAACGCGCGCUACAGGAAGCUCCAGAACUAUCUCUACAAUGUCCUGGAACGACCGCGUGCCUGGGCAUUCAUUUACCAUGCCUUUGUGUUCACCUUGGUGUUUGGCUGUCUGGUCCUGUCUGUGUUCUCCACCAUCCCUGUUCAUAUGGAGCUCUCCAAUCACUGUCUCAUCAUACUGGAGUUUGUCAUGAUUGUUGUGUUUGGCCUGGAGUACAUCAUUCGCAUCUGGUCUGCCGGAUGCUGCUGUCGCUACAGAGGAUGGCCGGGUCGACUGCGCUUUGCGAGAAAACCGUUCUGUAUCAUCGACAUUAUUGUCCUCAUUGCAUCCAUCGGCGUGGUUUCAGCUGGUAGCCAGGGCAACAUUCUUGCCACGUCUGCGCUUCGCAGUCUGCGUUUUUUACAGAUCCUGCGCAUGGUGCGUAUGGACAGGCGAGGCGGUACCUGGAAACUGCUGGGAUCGGUUGUCUACGCUCACAGCAAGGAGCUUGUGACCGCCUGGUACAUUGGCUUCUUGGUGCUGAUCUUCUCUUCGUUCCUAGUCUACUUGGUGGAGAAGGAAUUUAACACACAGUUUGCCACCUACGCAGAUGCUCUUUGGUGGGGUACGAUCACCCUCACCACCAUUGGAUAUGGAGAUAAGACACCACAAACCUGGACAGGGAGGCUUCUUUCUGCAGGAUUUGCUUUGCUGGGCAUCUCGUUCUUUGCUUUGCCUGCUGGUAUUCUUGGCUCUGGCUUCGCUUUGAAGGUUCAAGAGCAGCACAGACAGAAGCACUUUGAGAAGAGGAGAAACCCAGCGGCCAGCCUGAUACAGUGUGUGUGGCGUAGCUAUGCGGCUGAUGAGAACUCGGUUUCCAUUGCUACCUGGAAGCCUCAUUUGAAAGCGUUGCAUACCUGCAGCCCUGCAAAGAAAGACCAGGGGGAAACCAUCAGCAGCCAAAAGCUUAGUUUUCGGGAGCGUGUGCGCAUGGCCAGUCCUCGCGGUCAAAGCAUGAAGAGCAGGCAGAUGUCGGUGAAUGACCGGCGCUCUCCCGGCACAGAGGCGGGUGUAGAGGGCAGCAGUCCAGCUAAGGUCCAGAAGAGUUGGAGCUUUAAUGAUCGGACUCGCUUUCGCCCGUCUCUUAGACUCAAGAGCCAGUCGCGCACAACAGCUGAAGCCGAAACCAAUUUUGGAGCAGAUGAUGCUUUCGAUGAGAAGGGAUGUCAUUGUGAUGUGACUGUGGAAGAUCUGUCUGCUCCACUGAAGGCAGUCAUCAGGGCCAUCAGGAUAAUGAAAUUCCAUGUGGCCAAGAAGAAGUUUAAGGAGACGCUGCGGCCAUAUGAUGUGAAGGAUGUGAUUGAGCAAUACUCUGCUGGUCACCUGGAUAUGUUGUGUCGUAUCAAGAGUCUCCAGACUAGGUUGGAUACCAUUGUGGGUCCUCAGACCCUGAGCGGCAAAGCCAAGACCUUUUCUUCUCCCUCCCUGCACUUGUAUUACAGCCAGGCCAAGAAGAAACACUCUGCCUCUGGACUUGCUACAGCAGUGGGUCCACAUCUGAGCUCCAAAGCCAGGAACCUUUCUUCUCCCUCUCUACACAUGUAUUACAACCAAAGCAGGAAGAAGAGCUUGGGGGUGGAUCAGAUACUGGGAAAGGGCCAGAUUUCUGUAGACAGGAGAGGCCGAGAGAAAAUCCUCCCAGAGGGCGAAGCUCUGGAGCAUGACAUGAGUAUGCUUGGCCGUGUCUGCAAAGUGGAGAGACAAGUGCAAUCCAUUGAGUCCAAGCUCGACUCUUUGCUGGAUAUAUACCGUCAGGUGUUGCAGAAAGGGUCCUCCUCAAUGCUGGGUCUAUCUGCCUUGCCUCUAUUUGAGCUGGAUCAAACCUCUGACUACCAAAGCUCCAUCCACAGUAAAGAUUUAUCCUCCUCUUCUCAGCUUACGGCUAACGGCGUGUCUCACUCUGGAAGCAGUAACCUGCACCGUGGCCUGCAUCUUGCCUUGACCCCCAGUGAACUUAACCUGGGUACAGGUUACACGCCUUCGGCCUCCUCCUUCUCACCUUCCCCCCUACUCAACAAUCAACCCUCCAGCCCUGACUGUUUUUACCCAGCGUCCCCACCUCCCAUCCUCACCCCCAAUAACCUUUCUAGAAGCCACCAGAGAUUCCCUGAGCUGACCAGGCCUGUGCCCACCGUCCAUUCGACCUCAACCACCCUUCAGCUCCCGCCUUUGGUUUCCGCGCCUCAGUGCAGGCCCACUAGCCUUAUCCCAGAAACGUUACAGGAGAGCUGGGCGGAGUGCCCAAACUCUUGCCUGCUGAGUACCCAAACCGAGGUUAGGUUAGACGGAGAGGCCGAUAAUAUGGAAGGCAUGGUACAGCUGAGGAACAAGCCAGAGCGUAGCUCCAAGGAAGAGGGGUCCUGGAGGAGACCCUUAAGCCUCGAAAUCGAUCCUAUGGGGCUAAUGUCUUCUCCAGCAACCACCUCGCUGCAAGUCGGGCGCGGGCUAGGUAAGUCUCUCUCUGCUCAGAACCUCAUGCUGCCGUCUGCUGGGGACUGCCACCCCAGCUUAUCUGCUCGGAGCAGUGGAAGUAGCAACAACGAAUCCAGUGACCGGGAGCCGCUGACCGACUGGGGCGAUACAGAGCUGUUCAUCAAUGAUAAAGAGAUGGACACCAUGGAGGGUGACCACUACCUCCUCCAUCACCAACAAAGCACCGAAAUGACCUCCUCAGAACUGCUGCAGACUGGAGCCAGCGGGUCACAUCCCAGUCAGGCCGGACCAAGAGAUAGCCCGGAGUCCAAUAACCGGACUCACGUCUGCUUAGAAUAAACCCGGAGAAUGUGGAGAAUGGACACAACCUUGUGUCCCCUGUGUGCUUUUUUCCCAAAGGAAAUGGAGUGUCCAAUUCACUCUGCAUCUUUUCUAAUUUUCACAGAAAAAAGACACGAUGGUCAUACGUUAUGUUUAUACGUACAUAUCAAUGCAUGAACAGUUCGUCAAAAAAAAUAGAUUUGUAUCAGUGGGAAACUGAUGGAGAAGAAGCAUUUAAGGUUAUGGUCCUAAAUGAGCUCUUCUUUCGGACUCGCAUGGGAACGGCAUGUUUAAAUCCAAAAGCAGGUUUGGAAGUGUGUGUAUGCACUCAUAUUGCUCAGAAAUUUCACUUCCUUCUGAAUGUUUUACAAUCCACUCAUUGCAUGUGUUGAGGAUUAUGGGAGGGAGAGCAGAAAACCAGAUGGUUAGUUUUGAAAACGUUAAUCCUACUAUGCAAACCUCAGCCAAUCAGCAGGGUUUGCAAGAAACGUCAAAUAAAAGAACAGAGACCAAAUGCAUCUUCACACUGUAGCCUACACAGAGUGUAUUUUCUUAAUUUAACUAUAUGCUCAAAAUUUUGAGGGUUUAGUAUUUGAAUGCUUCAUGGAAGGGUUUUGUUUGGUUUAAAUUUAGUUUUGUGAAGACAAAGAUUUCAGAGAUUUUCUUAUUCCAAAGUUUUCAUGUGGACGUUUGGCUGCUAAAAUGUGAAAUAUGAGGAACAGAUCAUAUCCCUUUUAUUAACUCAAUAAAUCAACAGUUGCAAUAUCAUAACUUACAAUUGUUUAUUGCUUAGUGACCCGCAUUUGUUUAAUAAGAAAUGAAAUAAUUAUUUUGUGUUAAGUAGAAAGUCAUAACAAAGUGUUUCUGCUGGAACAGCAGCGAUAUUUAAUUUGUGUUUUAUUUUAUAUUAGUUUUUAACAUCUGUAGCAAUCAUACAGUAUCUUAUACCUAAACCUCAGCUUUGUAACCUGUUACGUUCCAUGCUUCUGAACGGUACAAUGAGUGGUUUCUUUAAAACGCUGUCUGUAUAAUUAGAAUGUAACUUGUAUAUCGUUAUGUGUAUGUAGAAUGAUAUUCAUAAUUAUCUGUUUUAAUUUUAUUUUGUUUUGUUUAAAGCAUCUGAGGUUCACAUUAAGGAUGUUUUUGGCACUGUACAAAUGAAAGCACAACUGUUCAGGGGUCUCAUUUAUAAAACUGCGUAUCCCCUUACUAAAAUUGUAUGAUUUAGAAAACCGUGCGAACGCACACCUGAAAGCAAUAUUCGCUUUAUAAAUCACAGAUCACCUGCAAGAUUGCUUACGUAAUCAGCCUCAUAACCCGCCCUGUACACGCCCACUUUUACCCAUAGAUGGUCAUUGCAAAGCACCUUAUGAUACUUAUUUGUAUAUUAAUCAGACUGGCAAACCCCCGAUCCCAUCCAUUAUCUCCGUAACGAAAUCACAAUGGCCACACAUAAGAUUCACUACGAUUUAUAAAUGAAUGAUUAUUAUUAAUAAUUAUUAUUCUUAUAAUAAGAUUAAAGCCAACGAAGGUCUCUUCAGCGUUUAUAUAUUAACAGCAUUUAGACUGAUCAUGAACACCUCAUUAAAACCGCAUUAUUAAAUAGUGGUGUCACUCACCUAAAAUACAAAUUUAAAUCAUAAUUGUAUGAUUCCCCAUUUGUGCGUAUACGCAACGUUAAUAAAUGAGACCCCGGAUGUGAAAAGGAAACCUGCAAAUGUGAUGAAUUGUUUUUAAAUGAAUAUGCUUUAAAUAUGAUUCAUAAUCCAGGCAUAGACGAGAUGCUUAUAAUGUUUUAGAGUCAAUUUGAAUGAUAUAGUCAUCUGAAAUUCGAGCUAAGAAAAUGCCGAGAGCUGUGGAACUAAUUCAUGCUUGAAUUGCAGAAAAAGGUUGUACAGAUUUUUUUUGUCUUUGUAACACAGAAAUAUUACAAUUGCUACUUUUCUGAACGUUUUCUUUCAUUUGUAAUUGAAUGUUUACGGUGCCUUUUUGCAUUUUAUUAAACAUUCAUAAAACUUCUGUAUUCAUAAGAGCACUUUUAUCUUUAACUCUUAUUGAAAUUAUGUUUGUGUUUCGAUAAUUGCACAUUCUCUGUUUGGCUGUGAACUUAGAGCGUCUGUCAGUUUGAGCAACGUUUCUUUGAUUUACUACUUGAUCAAAUAAUUUAUUACACAGAAACUGGCCUUAAUAAACAUGCUUGAUAAUGUAAGCGUUCUCUGUCAUUGAGAAUCAUUUCAUCAUUGUGCACAGAGUUGAUGCUCAUGGGAUUGAA